GAUCUACACAGUAAAAUCUACAUAGAAAGUCGACAUUGCCCGAUGGACUAAUGCCGCAGUCUUGACAUCCCCAUCCAAAAAUCGUCACCACAGUACAUCGACCUUUCCCGCACAGAACUCCCAAUCCUCACAAUGCCCAAGUCAUUGGAAAAGGCGAGGAAGCGCAUUGCCAAAAAGCGGAAUGGCAACAUCGUCCUUCACGAGUUCUCGCGGGACACUAAGAAGCUGCACAAGGCUCAAGUCCGUGACGAACGUCUUGAGAAGCUCGCCGCCGCCAGGAAGAAGCACGAUCAACCCCUGAUCCACAGGAUCACUUUCUUUCAGAAAGCCGCCCAAGAUAAUGACGGCCAGGUUUUCGAUCUGCCCAAGGUGCAGGACCUCAUCAACGAAUAUGUGCACCAGCAUGACCAGGAGCUUGAGGAACUCAAGAAAUCGCGCCGUCCAGGAAGGCCCGCAAGCGCCAGGGAGGAUCUCCUCCGGUUGAAAGUCGAGACCCUGCGCAAGGAACAGCAGAAUGGCUUCUUUGUCCCAGAUCUUUUGAAGCAAAACAACCUCGACUUGCUCAAAAGAUGGGAAGGGGCCUGGUCUUUUCUGGCCUCCCUGUCUUUUGUCCGUGUAAACGAGGCUGGCACUGUCAAACCAUCCAGCUUCCCGCCCAGCAGCCAGUGAGCAUAAGCUACUGGCCUGGCCAUCCUCAGAUUUUGACGACACCUAAGUCUCGUCUCAGGCUGUUGGGCCUCUUUGCUGCCAUGCUUGCCUGGGGGCACCAGUCAGACCCUCAGAUGCGAUGGGGGCUUCCAAUAAGGGCCAACAUCGCCGGCCGGCCGCUCGAUUCCCCAACGCCAUCCAGACUCUGUUCAGGCUCUGCCAGCACCUCCCCGCAAUACCAGCUACCCGCAGGGAAGUACCAAUAUGCCUGAGAAGGAAAGGGGCAUGAACGGGGGACGGCUCUCUUUAGUGCGGGGGCAAUUUCAAGGUCGUCGAAAGGGCUGCUCGAAAGCCCACAAUCACGCUGUUCAACGCAUGCUACCGCUCAAGAGCACCACCUCAUCCUAUCCCAGGAACAGCUACUGCCCACCGGCGAGAGAGCCGAUGCACUUCCUCCUACCUACAUCUCUGCUCCCGGCCAUCCAAAACCAGGCACCAAAACUCCUAGUAAACCUGAAGUCCAGAUCCAGGUCCACAUGCCCUUCUCCAACGGAAUCGCAUGUUUCGUGGGAACACCGCAAUGUUCCACGAUGCUCAACGGCCGUUGGGGGGCUUCAUUGGAGAAAGGAAAGGGUUUCAGACAUCUAUGUCGAUACCUUCGCGACCAUUUCCACUGGCGACUCGGCUUUCAGCCUCGGCCCGUGUGCCCACCCCACGGAGUACUGACACGGGUUGGAGGCCCGGUGGAUUCAUGUGCAGUGUUUCUGUCUAUCACUAUGUGAGAAAAUUACUGUCUGAUUUUCUAGCGCAUUCAUCCAAUUCAAGGCAGACAAGAGGCACCCCUCCGGAAUCUCCUUGUGCGGUAGUAAUCUUGACAAUUCCAUGGGUCUUCGCGGGUCUAUGAUAAGCUCCAUAAACUCAAGAGGACUUGAUUCGAAGGAGGUGCGAGCUGGAAAAUCACACCAGCUUCCCUGUUUCGUGGGCAGCUCCGCUCGAAGGGGGGAUGAAGAAGUCGCUUGACUUCUAUCAAGUUAUGUCUUCUUGCCAGGAUUAGGAGAAGGUCCUUGUGUCCCGGGACUCUUGCGUCGAUGCUCAGCCAAUUGGGCAUUGUACCUAGGUAGCAAGUUAGGCGAGCUAUUCAGCAGAUGUUGAAGGUCCGUCGUAAUUUGAUGCAAAUCUACGAAUCUAAAGGUCCUCAUGCCACCGCGUUCAAUGUCAUUGCUGGAAACUGGGAGACCAUAGGAUAGGUACAUGGAACGUGCUGGAGGUUUACACCCUGGAAUUUGA